UAUAAAUCUAAUACCGUAAAUAAAUGUCAUAGGGAGAAUUAUUCUCUUGCAUAGUUUGUAAAACUUUAUACAAGGAAACAGGUACCUUAGAAUAUAUAUUUUUCCCUACCAGAUCCUCAAAAUUCUCAGAGUGGGAGGGGAUUUAUGGAUGAGAAUGAGCUUGAAAGAAAGUGCCUUGGCAGAGUAGAACUGGACACCUUAGCAACUAUUUACUCCCAAGGCCUAAAUAAUCUCCCAGACCAAACCCAAUUUAAGAAACCAGAGUUUGAAAGUCUCUGGAACCUUGCAGAUUUUUCCAUCAUCUGCCAAUCUUAAUCUUAGUGAAGCAACAGUUUUCCUAAAAAAAACACCAAAGAAUAUAAUGAUUCUUUUUUCCCCAAAGGAAAGUGGUAAAAUAGAGAACUUGUUAGCCGCUGCAUGGUUUUUGACUCCAAUUUACAUCAGCCUGAAUUCGUGUGGCUAAUGUUCAGGGGAAAAUACUGGUAUUGUUAUUUGGGCAGAGGUGGGGAGUGAAGAUGCAGAGGACCAAUCCCUGAUUCAUGUUCUUUAUUGACACUAAUUUAAAAAGAAAAACUGUUGCCAUGAUGCUGUUCAAAAAACAAUUCCAAAAUAAAAAUGAAAAAGUUCUGCUAUUUGUGUAGAAAUAGCCUCUUCUCAUAGAUAUAUGAAAGUAUGGCAACAAAGAACUGUUGGGCUUAAAGAAAGUUUACCAUAUAUUGCAAAUUAGGUCUAUGUAUUUACUUGUAAUAUUAGCAGGAGCUGCAGAUAUGUAUUUUUUAAUACUUUGUGCCAAUAGUUUGCUUAUAACUUUUAAAUAUCAGUUAAUGCCAUGGCAACUUAAAAUACAUUAAAUAAUUUUUAUGAGAGCUAAACUCAGGACAUAUGAUCUCACAUGUUUUCUGUUAUUUGCUUCCUUGGCAGAAGUGAUAUUUUUCAGCUAUGUAAAACCAACAUCUACCUGUUUGUGCUAUUUAGAUCCGCCAGGACCCCUGCCCAAACAACAGAAUCAAAGGCCUUCAGUAAACAAAAGUCGCCAAUGUUUACAGCAGAAAAAGAUGCCUCAGAAGAUAGAAGAAAUAUUGGAAUUGCCAGAUGGAGCAGCAUUGUCACCUCUGGAGAAGGCUGAGGAACAGGAGCCCAGAAAUCAACAGGUGGAAGUUGGACUUAAAAAGUCUUGUAAUAGUGACCCAACUGCAGCAACAAGUCAUCAACUUGUGAAAAAGAAAAUGGAAUUGCAGGAGAAAUCUCGGUGGGAAAUCCUUCAACAAGAGCAGAAACUGAUGGAAGAAAAAAAUAAACGCAAGAAGGCUUUCCUUGCUAAAGCAAUUGCUGAAAGAUCUAAAAGAACUCAGGCUGAAACAGUUAAAUUAAAGCGGAUUCAAAAGCAGCUCCAAGCUUUAGAUGACAUGGUAUCUGCUGAUAUUGGGAUCCUGAGAAAUAGGAUUGACCAGGCAAGCUUGGAAUAUUCAUGUGCUCGGAAGCGUUAUGAUAAAGCAGAAUCAGAAUAUGUGGGUGCAAAACUGGAUCUCCAAAAGAAAACAGAAGUUAAAGAACAACUUGCAGAACACUUGAGCACAAUCAUACAGCAAAAUGAACUCCGAAAGGCAAAGAAAUUGGAGGAGUUGAUGAAAGAACUGGAAGUAGAAGCUGAUGAAGAGAACCUGGAACUGGAGAUUGAAAUAGAGCAAAUGUUGCAACAGCAGGAAACAGAAGCUAGAAGGCAAGAGAUUGAGAUACAAAAGCUUGCUCAGGUUGAUGCGGAGUAUACUGAUUCUCAGACUUUGAGUAAAGGACAUGAAAAUGAAAACCUUAGAAACGUUAAUGGAGCAGCUUAAAAGUUCCCAUAAAGAUGACCAAAGUCACACAGCGAACUCUGUUUCUGAAAGAAAUUUUGAUUCAUCCAGAACAUGUCCAAUAACAUUAUUUUUGAUAUUUGAGUAUUAAGAAGCACCGGCAUAUAAUAAUAAUAAGCCUCUGAAUUUG